GGCUUGUGCGCACCCGUGCCCCUCUGCACCGGGGAGCGGGAAGGCCUCUCGCCGUUUCCGCCGAGGUUCCGCGCUACCUCGGCAGCCCCAGUCUCUCGGUCCCCGCUUCGGAUCGUUUUGCUUGGCCCAUCUCCCUCGCUGCCUCGCCCUCACACGCGGCUGUACAAUACAGAAGGAAUAGGCGCGGGGUACCACCUUGAAGCAGUCUGACAGAGGCCGGGGUUUCUAUUCAGAAGGCGGGAUUUGCGGAGUGAUUGGUUACCGGUCCCGCUGGUUCUGGUUGUUGGGACCGGUCCCAUUACCACCACCACCACCCCCCUGGGUAGAGAGACAUCGUCCCGACAGCCCCGUGCCCGUCUCCCCCUGCAGCUGCAGCCGGUGGCACCAUGAGUGAGCAGAGCAUCUGCCAGGCGCGGGCCCAGGUCAUGGUGUACGAUGACGCCAACAAGAAGUGGCUGCCGUCUGGAGGGCAGCAGGGCUUCAGCCGCGUGCACAUCUACCACCACACGAGCCUCAACACCUUCCGCGUGGUUGGCCGGCGCAUGCAGGACCAGCAGGUGGUGAUCAACUGCUCGCUCUCUAAGGGCCUCAAGUACAACCAGGCGACGCCCAUGUUCCACCAGUGGAGGGACGCGAGGCAGGUGUACGGCCUCAAUUUCGGCAGCAAGGAGGACGCCAACGUGUUCGCCAAUGGCAUCAUGCACGCCCUGGACGCGCUCAGCGCCCAGGACACGAGUCCCACACUGCAACGGCAGCCGUCGAUCGUCAGCAGCCUGCAAAACGGGCCCUCUGCAGAGGAAUUGGAGAUGCGGAGGCAACAGGAGAUGGAGAGGGAACAAAUGGACCGCAGGAGCCUAGGAACUCCCAUGCCUCAGAUACCACAGGCCCCCCCUGCACCCCCAGCACCUCCUGCCGCCCCCCCGAUUCCACCUGCACCCCCGGCUCCACCGCUCGCUGCUCCCGGAGGACCGGGUGCUCCCCCCGCGCCCCCUCCGCCGCCGGGGCCUCCUCCGCCACCCAGUGGGGGGGGGCCCCCUCCGCCCCCAGGUGGGGGCCCCCCCCCUCCUCCCCCUCUGCCGAUCGGGGGUUUCGGGGGAGGAGGUGAUCUUGGAGGAGGGGGACUGGCUGCUGCUCUGGCCAAUGCUAAACUCAAGAAAGUGGCCAAGCAGCAGCAGCAGGCGGAGGAGGGCUCCCCAUUAGCCGGCGGUGGAGCCGCCAAACAGGACGCGAACCGCACCAGCGGCAGCGCAACCCUGCCGUCGGGAGGCGGAGGCGGAGGCCUCAUGGAGGAGAUGAGUGCCCUGCUGGCCAGGAGACGGAAAACUGUUGACAAGCCGGCAGCUCAGCAAAAAGUGGAGCCGAAAGAAGAGAUCCCAGCAAAUGACGAUUUUGAAGGCAAAAGAGGGAGCGUGGCGGACGCCGGAAAGAAGGCCUGGGCUGACGGUGGGGCCAACAGAUCACCUUCCAUUUCAAGGUCCAAACCGGCACUGGCAUCAGCUGCUGCUUCAUCGUCGUCAUCGGUAACAGGGAGUCCAAGCAGCAAUGGUGUCUCGUCUGCAGAGGGCUCGGAUUACGACAGGCUCAAGCAGGAUAUCCUGGACGAGGUGAGGAAAGAGCUGCACAAAGUAAAAGAUGAAAUCAUCGAAGCGAUUCGGGAAGAGCUCAGCCGGAUCAGCACGACAUAGCUGCCUUGGCGGUGGCAGCCAGCGGCAAGUGUCUUUAUGGAGCUGCGCCGUCUGUGUGUGGGGGCCAGCAACGGCCACACUCAUGAACUCGUGGGCUAAGGAGCAAGGAGGAGCCGUCGUCCUUCGGCAAUUCUGCGGCGUUGCGUUUUCACGGAGCUGCUGGCAGGCCUAACGAUUGCUUUGCGGAACGUGUGAACUCUGUACGUCGCCCAGAGCCUUACCAAGGUGGAUUAUUUGCAGCCACCUGUUGCAAAAAUGUUAAAGACCAGUGGGUUAUUUCUGAGCUACGGCUGUAUGGAAACAAAUAUUUUUCUUUUGUUUUAUAGCAUUUCUCCGACUUGAAAUAAUUUCCGUUAAACAAGUGUUUCUUACCGUCAGCUGCUUCGUGUUGUUGGUGCUUGCAGCCUGCUUUAGUAUCGACUAUUUGGUUGCCCCCCCCCACCCUGCACAACAACCCCCCUCCACCACCUCCACCCUCCUCCCCUUGUAAAACUAAAAAGUCAUUGAAUUGGUGUUGUCUUAAUUAUGUUAUUGGAAUAUUUUAUAAGGUUGUCUGCACAAUGUAGUGGAGAUGAAAUUGCUGAAAGGAUAUACAUGUCCUUUUCCGAGGACCAUGCAGACCAGUAAGACCACAUGAGCAUUUUAUAAUAGCGGUGAGCUGUAUUGUCUUAAAUUGUUUAGUUUUUUUAAUUUUUUUAAAUGUUUAAAUUGACAAAGCUUUAUUAUUAUUAUGCAGGAUUUUAAUGCAAUGGUACUUGGUCACCAAUCACUGUAAGUCAGCUGAUGAACACGUGCAAAAGAAUAAUGGAUUAUUUCCUUUUAAGUCAUUAUGAAAAUAACAUUUGUAGGCAUUUGAAUGAAAUAUAGUUUCUUACGGUGAUGGGUAUAGGGUAAAGUUUGGGGUAACUGAAAAGUUGUAUUGGAACUUUCAGAGUUUUCCCGAACUGAAGAAUGUGUCUGAAUUUAUAUUACGGUAAUUCUCUCUGCUCGGAGAGAAAGUUUGCGAGUGUAACGUUGACAUGUAGAGAGGGGCCUUCGACACGCUACUGACUUGAGAAAGAGCCGGGUGAAUAGAACGCAAAUCUAAUUUUACUUUUUCUCUAUUUGAUAAUUAAUCAUGGACUGUAUUUUCUAUUCAUCAAGCUUUAAGAACCCUUGUUUACUUACAUGUAUCUAGCCAGACUUAUUUCUGUUAUAAAUGCACCUCAUUUUAUGCUUACCUUGGGAUAAACCAUUUCAAAUAAAGGAUUGAUUUCGGGGUUUA